CAGCCACCCUCCCUCUGUAACACCUCUGACACAACGCCACUUUGAUCACAACCUGACUCUUCUUCCUCAAGAGAACAUCGGACUCAGUUCAAAGAUCAGCUGUGUGGAUCUCCUUCUCCUUCAUCGCCUCCAACAUGAAGACUGCUUGUAUCCUCCUGCUCUGCAUGCUGGGAGCGGCGCUCUUCUGCACCGUCUCCUGCAACAAUGCAGUUGGACCCGAAAACUGCUGCUUCAAAUUCUACCCAAAAAAGAUCCAAAAACAACGAAUCAAAUCCUACAAUCUGACUGAUAAUCGCUGCGCCUGGUCUGCGGUCAUUUUAAGGACCAAACGGGGUUUAAAGGUCUGUGUGAAUCCAAAUGACGACUGGGUCAAAGAGGUCACGCAGUUUCUGGAUGAAAAGGCUUUCUAAAGUCACACGGCAGUCGGAUCAUCACUUUUCAUCCUUUCAUCCACUUUUUUAUCUGGAUUCUUUUAUUAUAGUCAACUGUACAACUAUUUCUUUCUGUCUGUUCAUGUUCUUUUUAUUUUGUAUAUAAUAAAAGCAUUUUUUUAUGUC